AUGAAACAAAACCGCUUAAGAUUAUUUACACAUUUUUCCAAAGAGUAUCAAACCGUGUUUGUCGAGGGUGCAAUUUACGUGGACGGUAAGAAAGUGGAAUAUAAAGCGGACCACGAUAAAUGGGACGGAAAUGAACUUGGGAGACUUAAGGAAAAAGCCUGUGCGCUUGUGAGCUGGUUCUAUUCGACGUACGCGAAAUACCAUGGGCAAGUCAUACCACUCGAGGUCGUGUACAACUCAAAGUCAAAUGAUCAAAUCGUCACCAGUCUGUUCAGUUCGAGUAAGGAAUUGCUAAAAGCGGGCAUGAUUAUUCGACGCGAGUAUGCCAAACUUUUGGCUCAGCCAAAGCAGCAAUCGGAAUCAACCUUUGCUUAUACGAUCACGGAUUUCAAACGUCGUGAGUCCCUUCAAUUUGACGGUCCUUUUGUUCCACGUACAUUUCGUUGUAUGUAA